AUGAUUUUGUUUUUAUUCUUUGCCUUUGUCUUAGGUUUCUUGAAUCAGAUUGAUGCAGGUGGACCACAGUUUGUGUCUGGGACCAACAAGAGCGAUGAUGUUGUUUGCUUAAAUAGGAAUGCAGCAAUACCUGCGAAAGAGGGUUCGGCACUCCCCUGGAUCAACAUCCCAGGGAAGCUCAAGUAUUAUUCCUGUGGGACAAAGAGUUGCUGGGGAGUUAACUCAGAUGAUGACAUCUACUUUAGGACUGAUGUUGUUACUGAUUCCUGUGUGGGCACGCAAUGGCAACAAAUCACUGGCAAACUCUCCAUGAUUGAAGUAUCAACAGAGGAUUCAGUGUAUGGUGUGAACAGUGCUGGAGAACUUUACAAGCGGGAUGGAAUUUCCUGUGACAAUCCCACAGGGACAACUUGGAAGAAGGUGGCUAUUCAAGGCGUGUUAGUAAAACAUGUCUCCCUUGACCUUGGAACUGUCUGGCUUAUCACAAAAGAUGGAAGUAUAUUAACGUGUGGACAGUAGUGUGGGAACUAUAAAUCCUUUCCCAGUACAGCCUUGAAGACUAACAAAAGCAAAUCAUUUUCUGAUCUGUAAAAUGUCAGCAGAACCUGAUAUUGAAUCAUUGGUCCCAAAUUACUUUGAAUCUGUUGGAAUAGAGAAGUCAAGGUGGAAGUAGUUGUAUAACACUUAAAUGCUUUUCUUUUAGUACAUGCAUGUUAUGUAUAAUGCUGAUCUAUUACUAAGUAAAGUAAUUUCUACACAAAGAGGAUGAGACCCUGAUGUACACUAUCUUCUUCUGAUACAACACUUUGUGAUACUGGAGAAAACAUUCUCAAAACUGUCAGGUUCCUACAUAUAUAACAGUGCACAGAAUUUUCUAAACUCUGACAAUUUUCUUUCUGGUUAAUAAUAUAUAUUUUUCCUGUGUGCAUGUCUUCUUUAGUUGGUAUUGUAAUUCUGACCUAUCUCAUCCCCAGUAGCUCAUUUACCUCUUACUUCUACUUGUAAGUGGUAACACUAGAUGGUGUGUGUGGAGCUUACAAGACUUCUCAGUAAGAUGGGAUCAUACUGCACUGAUUUGCAAUCAAUUCCCACAUUUACUAACCUUUGUAGUGUCACAUGUAUACCGUUCUGUGCAGGAGGCGUGUCUCAACAUCUGCUGGCUGACAGCCAGGCA